CGCCGGAGCUGGAGCCCCGCUCUCUGCCCUGAUGCGUGUGUGUGCGGACGGGCCGCCGUGCAGAGGGGAGCCCGUGGCGGAACGCGCUGACUGAUGUGCCCGGCGGACACACUCACACACACACUCACCACCCGCACAUGAUCGUUUUCAUCCCUUCCAGAGCCGCACGACAGGACAGAAGGAACAAUGCUUGAUGGACUCCGGCGGAGGCACGCCUCUCGCCCCUCCCCCCGGCCCCUGUCACUCAACUUCAGCACCUUCUCAGCCCCUCCCCCAAGCCCGGACAUGGACAGCAGUGAUCAUCCAAUCAGGAGGACUCUACACAGGCUGAAGUUGAUGAGCUCUCCCAGCCUCAGUGAACUGGGCAAGAGUGAGAAAGGUUCACCAGAAGACAGAGGAGAGAAGCAGAAGAGAGCAGGAGCCAACGCCACAUGGAACAGCAUCCACAACGCCGUCAUCGCCGUCUUCCAGAAGAAAGGUUUGGCAGACAACGAGCUUUAUGUCCUCAAUGAAGGUGUCCGGCAUCUGCUGAAGACUGAACUUGGGUCCUUCUUCACAGAAUACCUUCAGAACCAGUUGCUUACAAAGGGAAUGGUCAUUCUCCGGGAUAAAAUAAGGUUCUAUGAAGGCCAGAAGUUACUAGACUCUUUGGCAGAGACCUGGGACUUCUUCUUCUGUGACGUUCUCUCCAUGCUGCAGGCCAUCUUCCACCCAGUGCAGGGUAAGGAGCCCUCUGUCCGGCAGCUGGCCCUGCUCCACUUCAGGAACACCAUAGUCCUCAGUGUAAAGCUAGAGGACGCCCUGUCUCGACCGCGGGCCCGUGUGCCUCCCUCUGUUACACAGAUGCUGCUCAUUCUACAGGGGGUCCAUGAGCCACGUGGGGCAAAUGAGGACUACCUGAGACUGGAGUCUCUGGUCCAAAAGGUGGUCUCCCCCUACCUGGGCACCCAUGGGCUCUGCUCUGGAGAUGGUACCGAGGCCCACUGCUGUGUUCUUGAGAAGCGCUUGCAGUGGUGCUGGCCCAAAUCUGUGGAUCAACCAUCUAAAAACCCAGUGGUCCGAUCAAAAAGCUACAAUAUCCCUCUUCUGCUGACCCCAGUGGCUGAGUAUGACCCAGACGCAAGCUCUGUCAGCAGUGGAGGCAUCCGCCGCCACUCCGCCUGCGAGAUCUCAUCUUGCAUGGAGGAACAAGGGCUAGCCUUCGCGGACCUGGCCUCGGGACCCGACCUGACCAGCUCGUCCACCAACAGGCUUUGUGUGGGCUCUCAGUUCAACGGUAUCGUACAAGGAGGAGCCAGCGCCAUGGAGUUGCCUCUUUCCUCUUCCUCCAUCCUUCCCAUCCAUUCCUCGGGGCCCCUGCAUGGCACCGAGGCCACGACAACACUCACUGAUCUGAGUAAAGGUGCAUCCUCCACGCCUCCCAGUGGGUCGUCCAGCCCUGAAACCAUCAUCGGACAAGUGCUCGAAUCUGCAGACUCAGACUCUGACGGGAUAUUCAUCGAGUUCCCACCGCACUCCUCGGAGGCAAUGGGAUACAGCCGGGAGAGCAGGCAGAGCACUGUGUAGCUGCUUUUGCCUUCAUGAACCGCCGCAGGGUGUGUGUGCACCGCCCCCCCUCCAGUCUGUACUUUAACAUCGGGGAUAGAGAUCAAAGAUACCUUGCAGCUAUCUUUGAUUUUUUUUUUUUUAAACAAAAGGGAAACUUCCUCCUCGCUUUGUAUGUCCAGAUUUCAUGACGAGUCCAUUCCAAGUGCAUUUCGUCACUGUCGGGUGAAAACUUAGCAUCUCCAAAAUCAGCUUUCCAAGAACUGA